AUGGCGAAGGCUCACGGAAAAAUCCACCUUAUUCAUGCUCAGCACAACAACUUGCCCUGUCAAUAUUAUGUCUAUGCUAAACUUGGUGAUUUAUUUUCAUUGCCACCUUUAAGUGUUCUAAUGCCUAAUAGGGUGAUUCUUCUUCGUGGAAAUCAUGAAUCCAAGUACUGCACUUCUGUUUAUGGAUUUGAAAAAGAAGUCUUAAUCAAAUAUGCAGAUAAAGGAAAACACGUCUACCAGAAGUGUUUAGGAUGUUUCAAAGAGCUUCCUCUUGCCUCCAUCAUUGGUGGUAAUGUCUAUACGGCACAUGGUGGCAUAUUCCGCAAUAUUUCUGGCAUGCAAUUCAAAAGAGCAAAAGGAAAAGGAAAGAAGAAGCGCAAGAUAGUUUUGAAUCCUAACGUAGACAACUUUUCUCUUGGCUCUUUGGAGGAAUUAUUGGAAGCUAACAGAUUUGUCCUCGAUCCUCCAUGGGAAGGUGCAAAUCUAAUACCGAGUGAUGUCAUGUGGUCAGACCCAUCAGAGAAGCCUGGACUAUCCGCGAAUGAUGAAAGAGGAAUUGGUCUCCUAUGGGGUCGCGAUUGUACAGAAGAAUUUCUUCAAAAGUCUAAGUUAAAGUUGAUUAUAAGGUCACAUGAAGGUCCAGAUGCUAGGGAAAAGCGACCUGAACUUGGAAAAAUGGACAAAGGGUACACUAUAGACCAUGAAGUCACCUCGGGGAAAUUGAUAACACUAUUUAGUGCUCCAGACUAUCCACAGUUUCAGGCAACAGAGGAUAGGUACCGAAAUAAAGGAGCAUACAUUGUGUUGGAACCUCCUAAUUUUGACACUCCUAAUUUUCAUAGUUUUGAAGCGGUUACUCCAAGACCAAAGGUGAAUCCUUACUACGACUAUGAAAAUGUCAUUGACUCUGACGAGGAACUAGAUUUGGAAUCUAUGGAGAAACUAGACUAG